ACACAGGCAGACCCACAGACAGGCAGGCAGACAGAUACACAGACAGGUAGACUCACUCACAGGUGUGGAAGAUGUGGAGCUGGGCUCUGGCUGGCGUGCUGUUCCUUAGCACGGUGCAGGCCAUCGAUUUCCGCCACCACCGCUAUGAGGACCUGGUGCGGGCUCUGCUCAGCGUGCAGAAUGAGUGUCCCUAUGUCACGCGUGUCUACAGCAUCGGCCGCAGCGUAGAGGGCAGGCACCUGUACGUGCUGGAGUUCAGCGACCACCCGGGGAUCCACGAGCCAAUGGAGCCGGAGUUCAAGUACGUGGGGAACAUGCAUGGAAACGAGGUUCUGGGCCGGGAGCUGCUAAUCCAGUUCUCUCAGUUCCUGUGUGAGGAGUACCGAGCAGGGAACCAGCGCAUCACCCAGCUGAUCCAGGACACCCGCAUACACAUCCUGCCCUCCAUGAACCCAGACGGCUAUGAAGUGGCGGCCCAGCAGGGACCUGAAUUCAAUGGCUACCUGACAGGCAGAGGAAACUCCAGGGAGGUGGAUUUAAACAGGAACUUCCCCGACCUGAACUCUCUCAUGUACUACCACGAGAAAACCGAUGGCCAGAACCACCACCUGCCCCUGCCAGACAACUGGGAAGAACAGGUUGAGCCCGAAACCCUUGCAGUGAUCAAGUGGAUGCAGAACUACAACUUCGUCCUGUCUGCCAACCUGCAUGGUGGGGCAGUUGUGGCAAACUACCCCUUCGAUAAGUCCCGGGACCCCCGCAUGAGGGGCAAGACCACCUACUCCGCCACGCCAGAUGAUAAGAUCUUCAAAAAGUUGGCAAAGACCUACUCGUACGCCCACAGCUGGAUGCACAAAGGCUGGAACUGCGGGGACUAUUUUGAUGAGGGGAUCACGAAUGGUGCCAGCUGGUACUCUCUGUCCAAAGGAAUGCAGGACUUUAACUACCUCCACACCAACUGCUUUGAGAUCACUCUGGAGCUCAGCUGCGAUAAGUUUCCCCCUGCAACUGACCUGCAGAAGGAGUGGCUUGGCAACAGAGAGGCCCUUGUGUCCUACCUGGAGCAGGUACACCACGGCAUCAAGGGUAUGGUCUACGAUGAAAACAACAACCCCAUCGCUAACGCGGUGAUCUCAGUUGCGGGGAUCCACCACGACAUUACCAGCGGGGCGGACGGAGACUAUUUCCGGUUACUGCUGCCCGGCACAUACACCGUGACCGCGUCCACGGAGGGUUACCUGCCUUCCACCAGCACGGUGACGGUCGGCCCGGCGGAGGCCAUACAGUUGCACUUUUAUCUGAAACCUGCACCGAAGGACGUAAAUCUCAACAAAAACCUUCUCAACAAGAAGGAGACGCACUCAGGAAAGACCCCGCUGCGGAACCCGGGGCCUAGAUGAAGAAAAAGGAACGCUAUCUGAAAGUUCAACUCUAUAUUCCUAUGCAAAUCUUCUUUUUUUUUUAUCAAACCUCAAAUGUUUAUACAUUUAAUAGCUUUUUUUCUGAAUGAAUUGCCUAUUUUGUUCAGUCUAUCAUAUUUAUAAAUAGACACGAUUUGUAUGUAUUGUAUAAUUGUGUGACAUGCAUUGAAAGAACUAUUGCAAACCGCUGUAAAAUACAGUAGGCCUAUGU